GCAGGGUUGGCAUCCCAGAACCGCACCUAAUCGGCCGGUGGGGUAGCUGCCUUCUUGCCCCGCCUCGCCACCCGAGUUUUCUUUCGCUUUCUUCAAACAUUUCUGGGUAACUCCUCGACGAAGGCACCAGGCCGGGCCCGGGGGCGCGGGCGAAGGAGCUCCGCCUCUGGGGGUUUCCUCGCCGCCAGAGGCUGGCGGCCGCGCGGACUCGACCGUACUGAUCGCACUGUCGGCUCGAGACGCCGAAUCUCAGGCGGAGCGGGAGAAGAAAGCCUUAGAUAAACCAGCCGGACGUCACCCUCCGGAGCCUAAGUGUCAGACGGGCCAGGCGGCCGGAAAUGAGACGGGGCUGGGGACCCCGGUCCCUUGCGCUCCUACUUCUGCUAGCGUGGCUGACUCGGCUAGGCGAUGGCAACGAGGGCAGCAGCGCUGGAACCUGUCACUGUGCUAAAACAUUUUUUUCCGCAUCCCCUCCAAGUGUUGAAAUUAUGGGACAUUUACGAAAAGAGCUGAAAGAUUUUGAUCGCUGUUCUCCCUUCGUCAGGUUCCACCUACCUCGGGGAACUGUCUGUGGAGGUAGCAAAGACCGAUGGGUGAUUGAAUUGAUGAGCUGCUUUGAUCGCAGAGAAUGUGGACGUGCUAACUCCAGAAGAGUGGUUCACCAGAAGCAUUUACCUUCCCCCAACACCCAGGCUCCUGAGCGCACUGAAAGGGCACCUUCACACAUGGGCACCCGUGCCAAGACGCACCUGCCACCCAUCCUGCUGCAGUCUACUCAGCAGCCUACCCUUCCAGCGGAAGCACUGUCCUUGGACAAAAACCUCACCCACGCCAAUGAGACCACUAUUUCCUCAGUGGGCCACAAUCUGGAGGCUGGGCCUGAGGCUGGCAAGAACCAGAAACAGCUGGAAAGAAAUGUGGGUCCUACAGCUGAGACAUCAGCUGUGGUGCCAGUGCUGUCCCUCUUGGUCAUUGUCUUCAUCCUCACUGGAGUCCUCUUUUAUGUGCUGUGCAAGAGGAGAAGGGAGCGGUCACAGCAGCACUCUCCAGAUUUGCAGUUUCAUUACACACUCGUGGCACCCAACUCCAACGUUUGAGCUAAGAAUGGAAGCUUGUGAGGGUAGAGAUUAUGAUUUACUCAGCUGUAUACAUUUAAUAUACUCAAUCUCUGGUACAUGGUAGGCACUCUAUCUAUUUGUUAAUGUUUAAUAUGAAUAACCAACCACUAUUCUCUCUUAGACUUUGUCUCCGCUUUGUUUUCUAUGCUACAAUAUAAAAUCCACCUUUUUCACUGCGUAAAAUCUUCCUUUUACAGUGGAUAAAAUCUUGGAACAAAUUGUGUUUUUUACUAAAAAUUAUUUUUAUAAUUAUUGACUCUUCUUUCUGCAUACAUCGACCUCAUGCCCUUGCCCCCUUAUAUGAUUCCUGGCUUCAGCUUCUCUGCUGAUGAUCCCAUCCUGCCCACCCCCGACUCCAAGUCUCUCUUCACACUAUACCAGCUGUUCCUCCCCAACUUCAGCCCUCUCCUGCUUCCUCUCCUGACCCCACAGAGAAGGCCUGGGCUUUCCUACCCUCCCUCGGCAGCCGCCAUACAGUCUAGUUUUACUUCUUCAAUCCUUUGCAUCCCUCACAUAUGCCCCAGUAAAAGUCUAAGCUCCUCGUUUUUAUUAUUAUUGUUUUUUUAUUAUUAAAACCCUUAGUUCUUGUUUUGUUUCUUCCAAUAAAGAAGAAUGUAUUUU